UACCACGCUUCUCCGCAGCUUGCUCCUCACCCUCUGCAAGAUUCAUCGUCAAAGAAUCUAGACACCGCCUUUCUCAGCUGUGAGACAACCCCACCAUGACUCCCCGCACACUUCUCCUUGCCCCGCCGUCCAUAUCCGCCCACCCUGAAGUCCUAGACAAGGUGUACGAAAUCCACGACCGCGCACAUGCCGAUCUCCAGAUGCUCGACCGCCUCGCAGUGGGCCUCGUGAAGCUUCCCGCCUCCACGUAUGACGUCGUGCUUCUUUUGACAGAUGCCGAUGGCACAACCAGAGAAAGUCACAAGUUACUAGGAAGGGACGUGAUGACUAAAGUUGUUAGCACUCUGAAGGCCGGUGGGAUUCUGAGAAGCCAAGAUGGCGUCUUUGGCUUGACAAAUUCUUCAGAGAAGACCGAGGCGAUUCUGGCUGGGCUCGUAGAUGGCAACGAUGGCAUGGUGAAGCCAGAGGAAGUCCAGAGCGUGUCUAUACCCUUGAAGUUUGGCAAGAAAAAAACGAAUGGGGUUGCCAAUGGCGUGCGUGGCGCAACAAAUGGCGAUGGAUCGGUACCACUGAACGGAAAGAGGAAAGAGGCCGAGCCUGCGGAGCCUGCGAAGCCGACCGGUGUUGGCUUUGUCGAUUUCAGCGAUGACCUGAAUGACCCCAUUAUCACCGGCGAGGAUGAUGAGCUGAUUGACGAGGACGACUUAAUCACAGAAGAAGAUAUGGCUCGACCCAUCAUCCAGCCGCCCGAGUGCCGGCCCAAAGCUGGAAAGCGACGUCGCGCCUGCAAGGACUGCACCUGUGGUAUGAAGGAGAAAAUCGAAGCCGAAGAUGCCGCCAAGCGAGCCUCAGCCGAUAAAGCCCUUAACACAAUGAAGCUAGGUGCCGACGACCUAGCUGAGGUGGACUUCACAGUUCAAGGCAAGGUCGGUAGCUGUGGAAACUGCGCGCUAGGAGACGCUUUCCGUUGCGAUGGUUGUCCAUAUAUCGGCCUCCCUGCUUUCAAGCCUGGUGAGGAGGUGCGGUUGCUGAAUAAUGAUAUCCAGUUGUGAUGUGUAUUUUGAGGGCAAGUCCUUCAGUCGGCUCUUGCUAGAAUUGGGCAUUAAUGGAGAUAGGAAGG